UAAAAUCACAAGUGGACUGAAAAUCGACAGCGUCUACAGCUGGGUUAAAACCGGUGAUAGUGAUCGAUUGAAUUAUAAAAGAGAGCCCCAAUGUGAAUUCUGAUGUCAUUUUGAUAUUUAUCGACGGAGGACAGUUAUAGAGUAUUCUGGAUGUUUCACGUUACCUUCGUGUGAGGAUGAACACCUCAGAUAUCGACAGACCUGAACAUAUAAUACCGGUGUAUUUAGAAUUGGAGUCCGUGGAUUUUGCGGUCGUUGUUGUGUUCUUAACAUCUUUGGGGAUAAUUGGAAAUACGAUAGCCAUAACAAAAAUUGUGAGUGACCCGGCCUUUCAUAAGCCUACUUACAUGGUGUUGGCUACACUGGUGCUAGCUGACCUUGCUUGUUUGGUAUGCUACAUCGUCCAGGCUGUCGUGGAGAACGUUAACCAGCGGAUUGGAAACGAGUAUGGAGAUCUGUUCAUGGCAAUGACGUACGCGACUACGCAUGCGUCGGCGGCCCACGUGAUUUUGUUUUUAGGGCUUCGAUACUUUUACAUAAGGAAUCCAAUCAAAGCACGUCUGAUACAAACUCGCACAAUAAUCAGAUGGUCUAUUGCAUUGUGGAUAUUUAGUGUGAUAUUUGGAGGUUUAUAUUUCAUAUUCCGGUUCAGAAUUCCAGAGAUUGACAUACAGAUCGUCGUUCUCAGCUUUAGGGGUUACUUAUUAGUAGUGCCUGUGUGUUUCAUGGUAUUUUUUCAUGUUCAAAAGGUACAUGAACUGCAUCAUUCUAUCAAUAUUCCAGAUCUAAAACGUCACAUCCGGCGAAUGUCGCGCAUGCUUACUGUGAUUCUUUUCAUUUACAUAUUAUCAGCUCUGCUAUUUCCAAUUUGUUUUAUACUCAAUUACAACAAGGUUUGCCAAGAUGAAAGACAAUGUAAACACAUCUUGAUCGUUGCUAGAAUCAUGUGGUUGGUGAAUGCAUCGGUCAACCCAAUCAUUUACUUUAUUUAUUCAAAGAGAGCCCGUGUAUUAUUCCAAUCAUUGUUAAAGACAUUCGCCAAAAGACAUAAAGAUUCUAGACGGGAUUUGAUCUGCAUGCAAAAUCCACCCUCGCCAAUGAUGACAACGAGACUUUAACGAUGCAGAAUUAAUGUAUAGAUUGUGACAUGUGUACACCAGUGAGUUUUUCUAUAACAAAUGUAUAUGCUACUUGGAUUAAUAAUAUAAAUAUAAAUGGAUCAAUUAAAA